CUGCCAAGGAAAGAUUGUCACAUUUGCUGAAUUGUUAAUGAUUAUUUUCAGCUAUCUGGCCCUCUCACUGUUGCAGAAUAUAUGCAGGAAGUUUUGUCCAAUCCUUUGGUGGUAAUAAUCAAUGAUUAAAUAAAACAUUAUUGAGUCAUAGUAGUAGAAUAAAAAUUAAAUGUUGCAGCAAUAAAAAAACUUUUGUAUUUUGUCAGGGCUAUUACAUGAACAAAGACGUGUUUGGUCUACAAGGGGAUUUUAUAACAUCCCCAGAAAUUAGUCAAAUAUUUGGGGAGGUAGAGAGUUUUGAUUGUAUAUACUAACUAUUUAGUUUCAUCCAAGACUAGAGUGUACUUACUAGUGAAAAGCACCCAUAAUUUAGUUGAUAGGAAUCUGGUUUUAUGAAAGAUGGCUUCAUUAUGGUUCCCCUCAAGAUUUCCAGUUUGUUGAGCUUGGACCAGGACGUGGGACCCUUGUUUCUGAUAUUUAUUACCUGUCUAUGUCAUCUCAGCUUUGCUUCCUUCACUUCAAUGUUCACCACCCCACAUCGUCUGAUCGUUUCCGAUUCCACAAUACCACUGACCGACUCACUUUCAUCUCUUCUUGUCGAAUCCAUACCAUGUCAUCCUGUCUUCCCUCAAUGUCUACCACUCCAAAUUCUGAUCUCUGCAUUCUUGUCCUAAAAAACUACAAUUUCCUGUGUAGGUUUUACAUUCUACUUGGCACAUGAAUUUUUCGACGCGUUACCUAUUCAUCAAUUUCAGGUUAGAGGAAAGGCAUUUUAAAUCAAAGUCCAAGAUACUUGUCCAUGCGUGAAUUUUGAUAAUAUUUAAGUAUGAUUUUUUAGAAAACUAAACAUGGAUGGCGUGAGGUGAUGGUCGAUAUCGAUGAAGAUAUCACCGGGUAUGAAAUGUGAUCAGAAGAAGCGGGAUAAAUGUGCUCUAAACUCUAUAAACUAGCUUUCUUUAGAGUGGAUAGCUCCAUCAGUUCAUCCCCUUUUAUAGCCACGACCAUUUUACCAGAGGCGAAAACAUUUUAACCCAUUUAAAAUUCUGCUAGACCACAUCACUUGAAGUUUUGUUUGGCUCCUUCAAACACACCUGCAACAGUUCUAAUACCUGAAGAUGCCGAGGGAGAUGAACUCGAGAUUCGACCUCAAGCUCAAGUGAUUGCUGAAAAUAUGGCAGAAAAUAUUGAAAAUCAUGGCGGGUGUUCUCUUAUUGUGGAUUACGGUGAUGUCAAAUGUGACAGACACACCCUAAGGGUGAGAAUGAUAAUAGCAUAUGUUUCUCAAAUUGAAACAAGCUGACUAACUUUAAAGGCUGGUCACAAUUUCUGUGAUCUAGUCACAGUAGGAAUUUUGCAUCGGUAAAUUCUAAGUUUUGAAUUAUUUAUAAACAAUGCUUGUUUCAGUUGUAAUAGGAACUUCAAUUCACAUUCAGGCUUUCAAGAAUCAUCAGCUGGCAAAUCCAUUGUCUGAGCCAGGAAAUUCUGACCUUACUUCAAAUGUUGAUUUCUCGCAUUUGGAAAAAGUGUUUACUCAGCAUAGAGGUACGUCUUAUUAAAGUCAGUUCACUCUACGGAUUCGAACAUAAAGUCAGUUCACUCUGCGGAUUCGAACAUAAAGUCAGUUCACUCUGCGGAUUCGACACUUCUGACUAAUGUGACGGAGUGAACUUGAUCAUACGAGACAUGUGAUUGGUGCAAAGUAGGGUUCGGUUGGAUAGAACGCUUUAACUACUAUUCAACCGCUGUUUUGUAGUUUAAAAGUAAAAUAAGCGAUUUUGAUUGGUUGGAGUAUUUCGUAGAUGGAAAUUUUUAUACAUUUAUUAGACCUAACGAGUGGUAAAGGUAGUAAUUAACUUUAACUACCUUUUCAUACAACCGACCCCUGGGAUAUAUUAGAGUUGUUGAUCGCACAGUUUCAGAAGAUUCGUUGGAUAAGAUAUGUUUUUAACUGGUUAUUUGUUUCCUUCCAGUUGCAACAUUUGGUCCUGUAACACAACGCCAUUUUCUGACAGCGAUGGGAAUUGAUGUUCGCAAACAGGUAAAAUAUUAGGAUUUGGGGGCAUUUAGCUCACUCGAUAGAACUAAUUGCACAAGGGUUUUUUGUAGAUGGAAAGUUUGAUUUUAAAUCUUAUACAUUUCUUAGAUGUAACAAGGAGCAGUUGCAAAAAGGCCAUUAUAGCCAGGCCCUCUGCUUCGAUUCCUCCGUAUCCGAGCGUAUAUACGGAAUCCGAGCGUAUAUACGGAACGAUGAUGUUUCAACAAAAAACAAUUAUUUAUCGCCAUGCAUGCUUGAUUACGGUUCUACAAAUGUUUGUAUUUCUAAACACGUAUUUAUAUAUUUAGGUCUUACUCAAGAAAGCAAGUGCUGAACAAGCCAAGAAUAUAGAAAGUUCUUACAGAAUGUUGACGCACAGUAGCGAAAUGGGAAAUUGUUUUAAAUUUUUCACUGCCAUACAAGGAAAUGAAAAACCUCCUGGAUUUUAAAUCUUCGGCAACAACAAAGUCGAAAAAGGAAAGAAUGCUUGGCAAAGCAAAGCAAAGCAAAGCAAAGCAAAUGCCACUAUAAGCCUGGUUUCCGCAUAUGGUCGUAAAGUAAUAGUCACCAUCUUUCUCAUCAGCCGAAAUACAACAUCUUAGAACUGAAAAUAUACGGAGUGAUUAUAACUGGAGAAUACGUAUGAUUUAUAUGUGGUUUACAGGUAUAUAAACUAUAAUAAACUGGCCGUUGAUCGUGACUCUAUUUUUACGACCAAAUCAAAUGGAAACUAGGCUUAAGCUAGGCGUACAACUCGCGUUAUAGAAAAAAGAGACUGCAUAGAUUCAGGUGUUAAUGCAUGUAUACGAUAUUUAAUUUAUUCAUCCACCGUCUAACAUUACAAGUUAGUCAAGUUCUAGAUAGUCUACUAAUAACUUCAUCUUUUGCUUUUAAUUCGAAUGGUUUCAUCAACCCAUGUCCUACAGUCUAUAGAGAAUAUAGUUCCUAGAAAAACAAUUUAAUUUAAUAAUCAUAAAUAUUGUAAAUAUAUAAGAGAAGAUAUUCAUCAAAAUUGCAGAUACAAUAAAUGAC